CGGUUCGGUCACUCGGCACAGUCGGCACCGUCUAACCGUCUCGCCCGGUCGCACGCACACACGCUCAGACCAGUCGACGAAUCUCACUGUACACGCGCGCGCGCGCACACCAUUCGCUCGCCGACGGAGAACAUAUUAAUAGCUCGACCGAUCAGUCCGUGGCCACUGCGUUCAGCCGCCACUCGCUCAGUAUAUCGCCGCCGUCGUCCGCCGCAUCCCGGAGGAGCGCGUGUCGAACGCACGCGGCAAUUUCAAAUGUUCCGUAAUUUUUUCCAAGCUCUCCCCUGUCACAUUUAACGCGACACCGCGUCCUCCACGGUUAUUUAUAGUCCAUAUUUUUAUAUUUCGUACGCACUAUUAUUAUUAUUGCUAUUUUAUUGAUUGUAAUGAAUAAUAAUUAAUUUUUUACCACCGACAUACUAAUUAAACGUAAUAUAAUUAAUAAUAUUUUUAUAACUCAACUGUGAAAAACGCUUCGUCGACAAUACAUUAUCGUAUAACGAAGUAUUGUAUAAUUUGUCGUACACACCAGCUGCCUAAGCGUACACGCGAUGAAUUUCCUAAAGUGUACAUUUGCAUUUGUAUUGGUCGUUUUGGCCACUGACACGGUUCGAGCAUGGGAUUUAGGCGUGGUAACUCCUACUCAGAUUCAAUUCUUUACAAAAAAUGUCGUGGAGAAUACAGCAGCCGAUAAGUUGAAAAACAUGGGUGCCAUUGCGUAUGAUCCUAUUAAAAAAGACGUAUACGUCAGCGACGCCAAUCAGAAAGCCGGAAGUAUAUUCCGGUUUAAGACUACCGGUGAUACAGCGUACACCAUCAUCGAACCCGUCGUUGCUAAACAAAACGUUACCGUACUGGGUAUGGUGUUUGACGAACGUACGUCCACUUUGUACUGGACUACCGGCAACGGGCUAACCAUCAACUAUGUUCAUGUACCAGAAAAUUUGACUAAGGUUCCGCUCACAGGAAACGUCUUGUUCAGGUUCAAGGAUGCAAUACCCCAGGGUAUCGCUAUCGAUACGUGUCGAGGAUAUUUGUACUGGACGAACUGUAAUCAUUUAAACGCAACCAUCGAACGGUCGCGCCUGAACGGGUCAGACCGACAAAUCGUGGUGCACGAAAACCUAUUUCAACCGUUGGGCAUCGCAGUUGACGUGGAACGCAACUUGAUCUACUGGAGCGAUGAGCACGAGGGUCUAUACUAUAGCAUCGAGAGCAGCAAUCCGGAUGGCAGUUCCCGAAGGAAGCUCAUUCACGGCACUCAUCACCAGCCGUUCUCCAUAGCGAUAGAUUAUCAGGACAUCUACUGGAGCGAUUGGAUCAAUAAUGCUGUAUGGACAAUGCCCAAGGACUCGUUUCAGGGUGGCGUGCAGCCGACGUUAGUCGCCAAGUACGAGAUGAUCAACACGCCCAUGGGACUGAUAACGCCCACCGGCAACACUACUAUGAUCAACAAUACAUAUUGCGCGAUGCACAGAUCAAAAGACAUCGCAGUGACAACGACGGAACUGACGCCGGAACUGAUCCCGUACGAGGUGCUGAAGAACAUCUGCAAGAACAAGGGCGUGUUGCACGCCAACGGGACGUGCACGUGCGCCCCGGGAUUCGAGGGCGAAUACUGCCAGACGGGCGUGUGCGACGGUUACUGCGUGUUCGGUACGUGCACGCUGUCGGAUGCGGGGCAGCCGACGUGCCAGUGCUCGGAGACCAGCUACGGCGACCGGUGCGACAAGCAACUGUGCGCAGGCCGCUGCCAAAACGGGGGCGAUUGUCGGAUGGACUCGUCGGGCAACCCACAUUGCGAGUGUCCGGUCGGGUACGCGGGCGACGCGUGCGAGUACAAGGCGUCCUGGCUGAACGAGGUGUGCUCGGUGUACUGUCAGCACGUCAUAGCCAAACAACAACAGUUUUCCGUCUGCAGGUGCGAAGAGUACAGGCAGCAGUUUGAUUACUCGGAAAUGGCUAUGCUCAAUCAUUCGGACAUUUCACCGUGCAAGCUCAGCAAGAGCGUGGUGGCCGUGAUCGCCAUACUCACGGUGUUCGUUGCCAGCCUUAGCACCAUAACCAUAGUGCUGGCCAGGAAAGUACGGUUGCUGGGCCGCCGACCCAGGAUCAAGAAGCGCAUUGUGGUAAACAAGAGCAUCACGCCGUUGACGUGUCGGCCGCCACAACAGGAAAACCAACAGUGCGAGAUAACUAUCGAGAACUGUUGUAACAUGAACAUUUGUGAAACGCCAUGUUUCGAACCGGAUUUUCGGUCACCCAAGAUGGGAGGUCUGUUGUCGUUGAGCAAGUCGAAAAAAGAAGACAAAGCGAAUUUGUUGAGUAAUACAGACAUGUCGAGUGAAGACGAAAAACCGUUGUAUUGAUAUAGUCUGGUGUAAAAUGUAAAUGUAAUUGAUUCGUUUUUACCAAUGUUUUUACUUAAGGGGCUGUAUAGGUAUAAUGCGUUGUGCAUUGUUGUUGUUGUCGUUGUUGUUGUAGUUGGACAAAUUUGUGAUAUUCUAUAUUGUUCCAAGCCAUUCGGUUUCCAAUUUUUUUACGAUUUAAACUGUCAAAGAGAGUGUCGUUUAGAGCAUUACUAUUAUUUAUUUGUAGAAAGUAUUUACAGGAAAAGCUUGAUUUUUAUACCAAAUAUUUUUUUAUUGAAACGUAUCGUGUGUUUGCGAAAAUUAUGUACUUACUGCAAGUACGGUUUUUAUAGUUCCAUAGUACGAUACGCGUUUGACUCUAAAUGCAUGUACCGCUCUUUAUUCUUUCCAAUCAUGCAGCCCCCCUCCCCCAAAUCCAUAUGAUUCUAUUAUUAUUA